UUGAAAAUUACCCAGAAGACCCUGGGUAAGGUUGUUUUUAGCAGCAAUCGGAACAACAUCGAUUUUAUUGAUUUAUACACAAUUAUAGCUAUGCAUUCGCUGGCGUCCCUCUUGUAUUCUUAAAAGCAUGCUUGGGAGUCUGCAUAUCCACAAGAUGUGACCUUGAUACGCGUACGGCGUAUCACGAUAAAGUGAGCGUGGUUUGUUGUCUGGCAUGUUGUUGGUAUGGAGAUGGAGAGAUUUGAAGUUUUGCACACCUUAGGAGCUGGAGGCGGAGGAAAAGUUCUGCUCGCCAAGGAAAAGGAUUCUGGGAGACAAGUGGCAAUAAAAGAGAUUAUUUUGGACUCUAAAAGGAAAACCAGAACGAAGGAAGCUGUGCAACGAGAAGCAAAUAUUCUAGGGCAACUAAAGCAUCCUCAUAUAGUAACAUUAUUGGAUUCUUUUGUUGACAAACAUGAGGAGAAACUUUAUAUUGUUCAGGAUUACUGUGAUGGAGGAACCUUACAAGAUCAAAUUGCCUUGGCCAAAAGGAACAACAUCCCCCUUGAAGAGCCACAGAUUAUGCAGUGGUUUGUGCAAGUUUUAAUGGCUGUCCAUCACAUUCAUUCAAGAAAAAUACUUCAUAGAGAUCUUAAGUCUCAGAAUAUUUUCCUCACAAAGAAAGGCAUGCAUAGUGUUGUGAGAUUAGGUGAUUUUGGCAUUGCACGCAUGAUGGAGAACACCUUUGAUAUGGCACAAACAUGCUGUGGUACACCAUGUUACCUCAGCCCUGAGCUGUGCCAAGACAUUCCUUAUAGUUCUAAGGCUGAUGUAUGGGCACUUGGUUGUUUGCUUUUUGAAAUGUGUGCACUUCGUUAUGCAUUUGAUGCCACGAACAUCAUCAGUCUUUUCUAUAAGAUUGUUAAAGGGGAACCAGGGGACAUUCCACCUCAAUACUCCUCUCCAGUCAAAGAAGUCAUCCAAUUGAUGCUUACAAAAAAACCUGAGGAAAGGCCCAGUGCUGGAUUGAUACUGAACCUGCCUUUUAUACAGCAACACCUAAAAGAAUUUAUAGAAGAGAAAGAGAACUUACAGGAGGCACUGCAUGCGAGGCACCAUCUGAAGGGGAGUGCACGUAACUCACCUGCUGUCUUAGACCGUCCAGUAUCGGCAGGGGGUAAUAUGAUAUUAAAAACAGAUGAGGUCUCUGGCAAGAAGAACAACAAACAACGUGCCAAAACUGCACUUGCCAAGGUGCACACACCAACUCUAGAACUGAAAAAGGAGGGCAAAGAAGUGAACGAGAAGAGUGAGAACAAUGGUGAUAAUGCCAGCGAUUACUCUGAUGAUUUUGAUGAAUCUGAGGAAGAGGUCUAUUCGGAUGAAUUUGAUGAGGACCUCGCUUUGAACGGCUCUCUUAAAACACCCAUCCCUUCUUCAGACGCCACUAGCCCUUGGAAUGGCGGAAGGGAGUCGGGCGAUAACGAGGUGGAAUACGCUGACGACUUUGAAGAGGACUCUGAUGAAGAAGAGGUCCUAGAUGAUCUUCUUGCAAACGCAAGAGCAGCGCAGGCUGCUGAGGAGGAAGAGAUCGUCGAAGAUGACGACCAGUCAGUGUCAUGUAAACAGAUCUUGAGAAGCCAUGUCAUGGAUGCUUUGGGAAAGAAGGUAUUCGAGGAAGUGUGCGAGCGUGCUCGAAAUGAAGACGAUCAAACAGCUAGUAGAUUUUGGUUCAGGCCUGAUAUGGUGGAAUUCGAGCGAAUAACGGGAUCAGAACUGAUGGAGACGUGCUACCUUGUAAAUGAGCUCUUCAUAGAUGGACAACCGGAUGGACAGUCUGAAGCAUCUGGACAAGGAAGUUAAUAACACUCGACAGAAAAGGGAACUGUUUACCGCCCCCUGCUCAUCAAAUAAACAGAGAGAGUUAUAGACGGUCAAUGGGACCGGGAAACAAAUACCGCAAAGACAUGAUCAAGCAGCCAGGCAAGGGGAUCUGAUGCAACUGGACGGAGAAAUUAACGAUGCUGGACGUGUGAACUGAACCAAGUGAAAACUCGACAUCCCGUCGAAAACUUGUCAUCUAGUUUGGUGAAUCUUCGCAUUUUGAAGCAGGCAUUCAGGUUUCUGAUAGUCAUUUCUUACCCAAAAAAAGCGUGGUAUAGCUAUACGAUUUGUACAUAAAAUUUAAAGCAUUGUAAAUAAAACUUUUUUGUCUUUAAUAAACUCGUCAAGGUUAUUAAUUAUCGAGGAUUAUUCGAACUCAAAGCUUGUUAGAUAGUGUUGCCCCGCCGAAAGGCAGGGCAUUUAAAAAAUUAGUCUAUAGACUCAUAAUGUUGUUCUCCUCCACGGAUAUCUUUAGUAAAAGGCGAAAGAUAUAUACGUUCAUUGAAGGAAAACCAGAGUAAUGAGUCAGGGUCUGGGAAGGGAGCUGACUGAUAAAGUCGAUCUGAUCCGUGUGGGAGAGUUCAGACAUGCGCAGUAAGUAAUUCAAAGCUGCCAAAGACAUCCAUCGGUUGUUCGCAUAUAGGUAGAGCCACCAAAGGAGAAGGUUAGCAGUUAAGUCACAUAGGAAAAACCGAUAAUAGUUCAAGUUAUGCUCCCAUAAGCGGGAGGUUCAUUUAUGCCCAUGUAUUAUCAAGUUAUCGGUUUAGACUGUAUCUUUGAUUCUAGUUAGUAACCAUUUGAAAUCCUUAAGUCUCUAGUGUCUGAUGCUAUAGGGAUGAUUAUGAUGAAGUAAAAUCUAAACAAUUUCCGAUGGAUUGUUUGAGGAUAUUUUGUCGUUAAGUGCACGCAUGCGCAGAUGAUGCACGCUGAGACCCGUUAUUUGCUCCUUUUAUUUCUUCUCUCGCCACCACCAAAAACAGGAAAAAAACUUUUGACGUCAUAGCAUCUUUUGUAAAUCAGUUUUGUUGUUGUUUCGUUGUUAUCCGUAAUUUACUAAAAAAAACGCCGUGGUCGAUGGCCUGGUUACAAAUGUUCCAGGAAAGGCACUUGACUCGUAAUGCGCAUGCUCCAUGCUAGCGACCACGUGACGAGCCGGUACUGAGUGUUUUUAGAGCAUUUGUAACACGAGUUUAGCAGUAAUACUAUGGCUUCUGGAGACGAAACGGCGACCAAA